AUGUCUGAUGACUCUGAUCCUAAGAGACUAUCCAAGAAAGCAAAAACUCUUGAUUCAUGGCUCAAGAAAAUAAGAGAAGAUCAGAAUAACAGUGCCCCCCUGACAUCUAGUGAGCAUCAACAUGUCCCUUCUCCUAUACUGGAGCCUAGAGAGUCUGUUCCUUCUGCUCCUGCAUCUAAUACUGACAGUAGUCACAGUACAAUAAUCGAUGAGCAUCAUCCUGUGAUUUCACCAAUAUCAGAGCCUAGAGAAUUUGUUCCUUCUGUUGAUCCAACACCUAGAGAUUCUAUUCCUACUCCUCCAUGUUCCAAUAUUGAUAGUGCACUACUCAAUGAGCAACCUCCUGUCACAUCUCAAACUCAUGAAGACAUAGAUUUUGUUAUUGGUGAUUUGGAACGAGAUCCAGGGAAACGAGUUCAAAUAUAUGAGUAUCCUGUUAAUCAGCAAGACCAUGUUCGACGUAGUUAUAUAAAGUUGGGGCCGUAUCAACCUAAACUUUUUGAGUAUCCAAGGGUUCGGUCAGGAGACCAGUAUCGUCGGUUCAAUUAUUCUUGGUUCACAAAUUGGCCAUGGUUAGAGUAUUCUCCUUCUAAGAACAAAGCAUUUUGCUUCCCGUGCUUUCUUUUUGCAAAGGGUCCAAAAUUGAAUCCUGCACUUACUACUGAUGGGUUUAAUGACUGGAGAAGAGUUAAGGAGGAAAGGAAUUGUGUUUUCUUAAAUCACAUUGGGGGUCCAUGCUCAUUGCAUAAUGCUUGUAAUCGAUUGAGACUCAAGACAACCAUCGAAUCUGUUCGUUAUCUUGCAUAUCAAGGGUGUGCUUUUCGGGGUCAUGACGAGUCUGUAGAUUCAAGAAACCGUGGAAAUUGUGUUGAACUUAUAAAGCAUACUGCAAAGUUUAGCCCAGAAGUUGCUAAAGUUGUGUUAGAAAAUGCUCCCAAAAAUGCUACAUACAUCUCACCUAGAAUCCAGAAGCAGGUUUUAAAUAUUCUAGCAAACAAAGUGAGAAAGCAUAUUCGAGACGAAGUUGGGGAUUCUAGCUUUUGUAUUCUAGUUGAUGAAGCACAAGACUCAUCUCAUAAAGAACAAAUGGCUAUCAUUUUAAGAUUUGUUGACACAGAGGGUUUUCUAAGAGAAAGAUUUUUUGAUAUUGUGACGGUUGAAGAUACUACUGCAGGCACACUUCAUCAAGAGAUAUCUAAAGUUCUUCUCCAUCAUAAUCUGCAAGUUGAAAGAAUGCGAGGUCAAGAGUAUGACGGUGCUAGUGAGCGAGAAACCGGUACAGGACUUAAUCAAAUCGGUACCUUGCAUCGACCUGGAGCUACUCGUUGGGGUUCUCAUUUUACUUCAGUUUGUGACUUGAUUGAUAAGUAUGAUGCUACAUGUACGGUUCUUGAAUUUAUUAUGGAUGAUAAAUCCACAGAGUCUUUAAGUGCAGGAGCUAGUGGUGCUUACAAUGCGAAAUCUCAAGAUAUCUUGAAUGCUAUGAAUCUAGUGGAAGUUACCGUGCAUUCUCUUCAGAAUUUGAGAGAACAUGGUUGGGAGGAUUUUCUUGAAAAAGUGGAGUCUUUUUGCAAGCAACAUGAUAUCGAUAUACCUGCUAUGGAUUGUCAAUAUAGUGCAAGCAGGCGUCGUCGUUAUUGUCAGCAAAGAAGCAUAACAACUGAGCAUCAUUAUCGUGUUGACGUAUUCUAUGCUGCAAUAGAUUUUCAGUUGGUGGAGUUAAAUGGCAGGUUCAGUGAAAGAGCAAAGGAACUUCUUAUUCUUAGCUCAUCUUUGGACCCUGCAGAUGGUUUUAAGGCAUUUAAUAUUGAUAAUAUUUGCACACUUGCAGACAAAUUUUAUCCUCAGGAUUUCACAAGACAAGAGUUGCAUAGUUUGAGAAGCGAACUGAUCAUUUAUGAGUCUGAUGUACCUCAUGAUGAUGUGCUAAAGACUGUUACUACUCUUUCUGAGUUAUGUCGAGAAAUUUUUGAAACAACAAGAUCACAGAGGUAUCAAAUGAUUGAUCGGUUGAUUCGUCUUGUUUUGACUUUACCGGUUUCUACAGCUACUAUAGAACGAGCAUUUUCAGCUAUGAAACGUAUCAAAACAAUAUUGCGCAACAAGAUGGAGAAUGAUUUUUUGGCUGAUAACAUGAUUGUGCACAUUGAAAAGGAGUUGGCCGAGAAUUAUGAUGCUGAUUCAAUAAUUAAAGAUUUUGCUUCUAUGCAAGACCGUAGGGUUCAAUUUGAGUAG